AUGGAGGAGACAGUUGUAGUAGGGACUCCUGGGGCAGAUGGGAUGCCUGUGCUGAAGCCCAGAAUCUUGAGCCCAACCUGGGGUCUCGCAGGCUCCCCUGGCCGCCAACGCCGUCACACACUCCCAGCCAGUGAAUUCCGAUGUCUCUCCCCAGAAGAUGCCAUCGGUGUGUUUGAGAUUGAGCGAGAAGCUUUCAUCUCCGUCUCAGGAAACUGUCCCUUGUACAUUGAUGAGAUCCGGUACUUCCUGACCCUGUGCCCAGAGAUGUCCCUGGGCUGGUUUGAGGAAGGUCGGCUUGUAGCAUUCAUCAUUGGCUCCCUCUGGGACCAGGACAGACUGACUCAGGAGUCUUUGACGUUACACCGGCCCGGGGGCCACACUGCCCACAUUCACGUGCUUGCAGUACACCGCACCUUCCGCCAGCAAGGCAAGGGUUCCAUCUUGUUGUGGCGUUACCUGCAGCACCUGUGUUGCCAGUCAUCUGUUCGUCGAGCUGCGCUUAUGUGUGAAGACUUCCUGGUGUCCUUCUAUGAGAAAUGUGGCUUCCGGACAGUGGGCCCAUGUGCGGUCAGUGUGGGCACCUUGUCCUUCACUGAACUCCAGUGCCCAGUGCAAGGCCGUGCCUUCUUUCGAAGGAAUAGUGGUUGCUGA